AUGAACCAGCAGAGACGAAUAAUCCCGAUGAACGUUCCCGGAUAUCCGGAACAAUAUAGCCCGAGUCCUUUCGCACCAGGAAUGCCACCACGAUAUCCAUACCAGCCUAUGCAAUAUCCCGUCGGGCAACAGCAGCUGUCUGGUCGCACCCGUUGGAUACUUUGGCAUAUUGCACUCAAACAUUGGUGUAACUAUACCGACCCGCAUAUCUGUAUAAACAUAUUUAGGCGUCGGGGAAUUCAAUUCGUCCAACAAAACCUUCAACCGCUGCAACCAAAAAUGGCUAAUCCUACGCAAUCUCGUCAAAUGCAGAUGGCUAACACCUCAAUGAUGAUGCCCAAUCAGCCAACUAUUGUCAGAAAACGUACAAAUCCCGAUGCAGCUACAAUUAACGCUCAGCAAGUCAAAAAAAAGAGGGCACUUGACAGAAACAUGCCCGAAAAGCUUGAUACGCUCGUACCAGAAUCACGAUUAUACACUGAACUUCAGGAAUUUGAGAGAAGAUUAGACGCCACGAUUAUAAGAAAGAAAAUGGAAAUUACCGAAUCAUACUCGAAACCUAUGAAGGUCAAGCGUACCCUUCGUGUGUUUGUAUCAAAUACUUCAUCCAAUCAGCAACCUGUUCAGGGUGAAGGAGAUAACGAACUUGAGUACGGUGAUGGAAGUAAUAUUCCGGCUUGGACUCUCAGAAUAGAAGGGAGAUUACUCGAUGCACCAAAUGCGCCAAAGAACACCAGGCCUAAUCAUAAAUUUUCUCGUUUCUUCAAAGCUAUCAUUGUGGAGUUGGAUAGAGAUCCGGAAUUGUAUCCUGAAGGAAAUCUGAUAGAAUGGAACAAAAUUCCGGAUUCUGAAGAAGUUGAUGGAUUUGAGAUUAAACGUAAAGGAGACGUCAACCUCAAGGCAAAGAUCUAUUUGAAUAUCGACCAGCAACCCGCGAGAUAUAAGUUAUCACCCGAAUUAUCGGAAAUUUUAGAUUUAAAAGAAGAAACGAAAUCGGGAAUAAUUAUGACAUUGUGGCAGUAUGUGAAGCAUAAUAACCUUCAAGACGCAGAAGACAAAAGAAUCAUUAACAACGACGCUCGUUUAGCCGAAGUUUUUAAAGUUCCGCGAAUGGCCUUCCCUCAGAUUCCCGAACUUAUUAACAAACACCUGUUACCCAUUGAUCCCAUAUCCAUAGAUUACACUAUUCGAGUUGACAAAGAAUACCAUCAAUCACGAUAUGCAUACGACAUCGAGGUUGAAGUUGAGGAUCCCAAUAAGGCGAGGCUUGCGGCCAUUGCCACCACCAAUAUGACCAAUCAAAAGGAGAUACAGAAUCUAGAUGAUAAGAUUGUGCAAUGCGUCCAAAGCAUUAAUAAUUCAAAGACCAAGCGUGACUUUUUGUUAAAUUUUGCAUCUUCGCCCGUUGAAUUUAUCAAUAAGUGGAUUGCCAGUCAAAGUCUUAACCUCGAAGAACAACGAAGGUCAGAAUUUUACAAACAAACUUGGGUGAACGAGGCUAUCUUCCAUUACACAACGGCACAGGCACAAAGGAAAAUGCACGAGUCAAUGUCAACAGGAGGUGGUGCUAACAAAAUUGAACAAAGGCAGUUAAUGAACAAAUAG